UCUAUCCUACACUACUAACUUUAAGGUGGUCUUCUCCACCCGGUCACUGCCGCGUGUUUCCUGAAGACACAGGGGAGCCAGAGAUCCACUUAAAGCAGGACAGGCACGAAUGCGUGCACACGGGGCUUUAGUAAACGCCUCUAUAUGGCUGCUGCGGCCACUCCUCCUGAAACAACAGCACUCUGUGUUUUCAAUGCCGUUUAAUGAAAAUAACGACUAAAAAGUAAAGUGCAACGACUUUUUGAAGGACUCCAGCUGAUUUAUAGCUUCACGCAGGAGACGUGCAUGCGCAGCGCCGUCCGCGAUCCAAGGGAUCGGUCGGGAGAGAUCUACAGGACAAACCGCGAUUCCUUCUUCAGGCUGUUGUGUAUUUAUACACACGCGAUGCGUUUAGCAUCAUCUACGGGUGAUUCAUUCAGCAGAGCCCUUAAAUGGAUGUAUUUUCUUUAAAGAAAUAUAUAUGGAAUACUACAAUUCUCGCUGCAUCGUAAAAGCUAUUAUUGACACUUUAGGACCUCCAAAGGACGCACGAUCAUUGUGCACUUUUCAAUAGAGAUACAUGCAACAUCAACGCAGUUUUCGGCGAUACGUAAAGGAAUGAAAGCAUAGAGUUGUUGCAAAGCAACACAGAACCCAAAGUCUUGGUCCUUCGAGCCGUUGGAGAAAUGGAGGGUAAUAAUGAUCAUCCAAAAGCAGAGAAGAGAUUUGCGCUCUGGUACAUGGGCUGGUCUGCUCUGGACGGGAGGACCACGUUGCCCAUGUUGCCGUGGCUGGUGGCGGAGAUCCGAAGGAAAAGUGAAAAAAACGAGUCUGGUCCUGCACAGGCCAGGGAAGUUCAGCUGCUGCUUUCACCUCCUCUGAUCCGAUGUGUGCCCGCAAAUAGCAGCAACCCGUCCGUCUUCAUAUUCGAGCAUAAAGCACAGUUUAUUUCCAGGUUUAUCCACAACAGUCAUGAUUUAUCUUAUUUUGCCUACCUGAUCAGAAGUCAACCCGAGAACCCCGAGUCUGACAUGGCAUGCCAUGUGUUCAAGGCAUGUGAUCCAAACCAGGUGUCUGAGGUUAUAAGCGGCAUCAGACAAGUGUCCAAAACCGCUCUUAAAGAGGAAAGCAAGCCCAAACAAGAGAAUGAUGAAUCCUUCUACAACUCCCAAAAGUUUGAAGUACUCUACUGUGGAAAAGUAACGGUCAACCAAAAAAAAGCCCCUUCCACUCUCAUCGACGAUUGCAUCGACCAAUUUCGUCAGCAUGAGAUUGAACGCAAGAGAGCCCCCGUGGAGUUCAUUAUGGGAGAAGACCCUCUUAGUGCCUCCCUUUGUGAAGUUGAGGAACCUGAAGCCGCAUUGGAGCCUAGCUCGAUUGAUGAGGAGCUGUCAGAGGUGGGCAACGGAAAACCGGAAUUGACGAGUGGUCACAGUGCGGGUAACCUGCGAGGAACUUUUCCCGAAUGCAUCCUAGAGGACUCCGGGUUUGGGGACCAGCAGGAAUUUCGGACACGUUGUAGCAGCCUAGCCGGUAACCUGCAGAAGAGACCCAGAGAGACUGGCAAGGGGUCGACACGUAGGAGACAUGCCAGCGCACCCAAUAACGUGCAUCCAUCAGACGCUGAUAAGAAUCGUACAAUGCUGUUCCAGGUGGGACGGUUCGAGGUGAAUCUCAUUAGCCCCGAUACCAAAUCUGUGGUUCUGGAGAAGAAUUUCAAAGAUAUCUCAUCCUGUUUACAGGGGGUUAAACAGACGGAUCACUUUGGCUUUAUUUGUCGGGAUGUAUUUGAGUCUGGCACAAGUCAGUACGUGUGUUACGUGUUUCAGUGCGCAAGCGAAUCUCUGGUGGAUGAAGUAAUGCUCACCAUGAAACAAGCUUUUUCCACGGCAGCAGCCCUGCAGAGCUCCAAGACCCAAAUCAAACUCUGUGAGGCUUGUCCAAUGCACGACCUGCACAAACUCUGUGAGAGAAUUGAAGGUUUGUAUCCUCCCAGAGCAAAACUAGCCAUUCAGAAGUACCUGUCCGAACUGAGCGACGGCGAACAGGUCAAUGUUUUUGAGCGGGUGCAGAAAAUGAAACCAUCUUCGGACCAGGAGGAAAACGAGCUCAUGAUUCUUCACCUCAGACAGUUGUGUGAGACCAAGCAGAAGUCUCAUGUUCAUAUCGGAGAGGCUUCUCAGAACGCUUCUUCCAACAACACAACCUUUGAUGCAGGACGCAAUAAACUGGAUGUGUUGAAGAACAAAGCCCGGACUUCACUGACAAGCUCCCUGGAGAACAUCUUCUCACGGGGGGCCAGCCGUAUGCGGAUGCGUCUUGGAAGCAUGGGAAGUUUUGACCGCGGCGACUCUCCUGGUGACUCUCCACCUGGCACUCCACCCGGUUACCUUGACGACUAUCCAGAUGCCCCGCAGUUCCGUCGGCGGGCACACACUUUUAGCCACCCACCUAUUAAAAAGAGGAUCUCCUUUCCUGACGUUUCUACCCAGACCUACACUAAGGCUCCGCUGCGCAGGCAGCAGUCUUUGGGCCCGGAGCUGUUGCAUAGCAGUCCGGUUCGUAUCUCAAGAGUGCGCAGUGUUUCUGAAAGCGAGUCACCCUUCAGCCUCCACACCCCUACUUUCCUGAAAACCUUUUACCAGGGCUCCCUCGGCUCUCUGGCCUCCCUGUCGGACAACGGGAGUCUUAAGAGUGCUAAUGGAGAGGAUAGAAAGAGAUCUCUGUCAGGCUGUAGCACCGAUUCUUUGACUUUGGUGCCUCCACGGAGAGUUUCUUGGCGUCAGAAGAUUUUCCUAAGGGUAGCAUCACCCAUGAACAAACCCUCAACAACUAUGCAGAAUAUGGACCACAUGGAUGGCCGGGAGCUACUGCCUCUCUCUCCUCGGUCCCUGGCCCAAGCUCAGGACCCUCGGCUCAAUCUCCUGUCCACAGAGCAAGGUGGCCAUAAAGGCCCCAGUGACUACAGGGCCCUGUGGAAAAAAGCCAUCCACCAACAGAUUCUGCUCAUCCGCAUGGAAAAGGAGAACCAACGCCUGGAAGCCAGCCGUGAUGAACUGCACAUUCGUAAGAUGAAGCUGGACUACACGGAAAUUUGUCAGUGCUCCAAAGAGGUUCAGGCCCUGUGGGACCGGAAGCUGAGCAGUCCAUGUCGAACUAAAGUACAGUGGGACAAGGAGGACAUCCACAGUGCUGUCUGUCAAGGCGUCCCUAAAAGCCGGCGGGGUGAAGCGUGGCUCCUGCUCUCCCAGCAGCAUCGUCUGCGUCACCGUUUGCCACAACGACAGCAGCCUCCCGAUACAUCUUAUCAGGAUCUUCUCAAGCAGCUCACAGCACAGCAACACGCCAUCCUGGUUGACCUAGGCCGGACGUUCCCAACACACCAAUAUUUCAGCACUCAGCUGGGUGCCGGGCAGCUGUCUCUCUAUAAUCUCCUGAAGGCUUACUCCCUGUUGGACACGGAGGUGGGAUACUGCCAGGGAAUCAGUUUUGUGGCUGGUUUGCUCUUAUUGCAUAUGAGCGAGGAGCAGGCUUUCGACACCCUCAAGUUUCUCAUGUACGACCUGGGGAUCCGAAGGCAAUAUCGCCCGGACAUGAUCUCUCUGCAGAUUCAGAUGUACCAGCUGUCCCGAUUACUGCACGACUAUCAUCGUAACCUGUACACUCACCUGGAGGAGCAAGAGAUCUGCCCCAGCCUGUAUGCCGCGCCCUGGUUCCUCACUCUCUUCGCCUCUCAGUUCCCGCUCGGCUUUGUUGCCCGUAUAUUUGAUCUACUGUUUGUCCAAGGCACAGAGGUGAUUUUUAAGGUGGCCCUUUGUUUGCUGAGCAGUCACGAGGGAGAGAUACUGGAGUGCGACGGUUUUGAAAGUAUUGUGGACUUCCUUAAAUCUACCAUUCCCACCCUUACUCAAAGCCAAAUGGAAGAGACAAUCACCAAGGCAAUCGAGAUGGACAUCUCCAAGCAGCUGCAUGCAUAUGAGGUGGAGUACCACGUUCUGCAGGAUGAGCUGUCAGACGCUCCUCCACCAUCAGAAGACUCUGAUAGACUGGAUAAACUCGAGAAAGCCAAUGUCCAGCUCAAGAAACAAAAUAUGGACUUACUGGAAAAACUACAGGCGGCUCGUCAAAAGAUCCAGACCUUGGAGAGCAGCAUGGAAAGCUUCCUGUCACGAGAGAGCAAGAUGAAGCACAUGAUCCGUUCUCUGGAACAGGACAAGGCCUCCUAUCAGAAGACCAUUGAACGGAUGCGUAGCAGUUUACCCCCAGAAGCCAUGACUGAUGUGGAGAUGACACAAAUCAAGUCCAGCACCAAUGGAAAAGCUAAAGCGGCCGCUAAAAAGCCUUGAAUGUGAUAAAGCACAUUAAAUAUGGUUGGUUUUGGAGAGAUUGAGUCGUCAGCUUUAUGUACGUGCUGUCGCCUCUUCCGCUUCACUACAUGUACUGUACGCAGACCAGACGCAGAGCGUUAAGCAUCAGCGUUCCCAAAUAAGAACAUCUGCUUCUUCCUGGAUUGUUUUCCCAAAGUGCUUCACUCCUGAUUGCCUAAUUCAAUCUUUUCUCGUGCGAUGGACAAACAGAAACGUUUGAAUUAGAAAGCACCUUGUCAUCACACUGUUGAAAAUACUUGAAGACAAUACAAAAGUAUUUUAUGUCCAAAGACCAUUGUGAGCUUUGUACGAGGGUGAUUGUAAAAUGUGAACUUUUUGACCUCAGUCGAGCAAAACCAAAUAUUUACCAGGUCGACUUUUCACUAAAUUGCUUCACCUAAAGUGCAGAAAGGAAGUCCAUGUGCUGCUGGGUUUCCUCUGCAUGAUCCUCUGAUAAACAUGUUUGAGGCUCAGACAAAAUCACUGUUAAGAAGAUUUCUUUAAACUGUCCUCUUAUUGCACAAUAUUAUGUGUGCUGAAUGCAAAAGUGUGCCUAAAUGUCCUGGUGUAUAUGACACUAUGCCACGUAGAUGUAUGUGUACCAUCUUUCAAAUUCAGAUGGAUAUGAAAACACACAUUUCAAUGGAUUGUUUUCCUUUCUGAAUGUUUUUUGUUACACAAAAACCUCCACUUGACAUCUGUACAAAUAUUUUUGUAGCUUUGUAUAAAAGUGUAGAGGUCAUGAUGUUCCUCAGCUUCUUGGAGAGUUGCUUACACAAUAGAGAAGCCUGUUAUAUCUGAAACAGUCAAGAAAAUUUUAUAAGAUAUGCUAAUAUCUGAAUGCAUUGCCUUUGUAGUAUAGUUCUUUUCAUUCAUUUUUUUAUCAUAAAUUCUAUGAUUUUAUGAUAAAAUACAACAAAACGCUCCACCAAUUGGAAGCUGUUUUUGAAGAUGAUGCGUAAAAUGUUGGAUUGGACAGGAAAAGCUGUUUUGAUCAAUCGUCUGAACAUGUGAAUGUUCAGUUCAGUCUUUAUUUUGCACUUAAAGCUGGAAGAUCUACUUGAACACUUAUUUGUGUUUGUUCAGAAGCUUUAUGUCUUAAAGUAGUUUGUUUUGACUGAUCACAGCUCGCCACUUAUGACAUUUUAAUGAAUGAUUUUGUAACUCAUGGCAGUGUUGUUUUAUUUCUUCUUUCAGCUGUUCUGUGUUCAUCUUCAGUAAUAUAUCAACUAUUACUCUGCAGAGCUGCAGUGUUUAUGCUGGGAUGAUCUUGGUUACAAGCGUGUUUGAUGUUUUUUUGUCAGAAAUACAUAUCAGACUUGAAUAUCUUUGUAAAAGAACUGAAAUCAUGAGAAUGCAUGCAAGGUCUUUUUUAAUGCAAAUACUUCAAUUGCAUUGUUUUAGAAUAUCAGAAGUUGUAUUUCAGCAAUACUCCUGCACCGAAACCCCUGAGCAGCAAUGUGAAGGAUGGAGGUUUGAUAAAAAAAAAAGAAUAAGGUCACAUUGUCUAACUUUGGAUGGUUUUUUUGUCUUCAUAUAGAAAAAACAUGCAUCAUCAGAUUUUUCAUGUUUUAUAUUGAAUGUGCCAAAACCUGUUCACCUUAAUUGAUUUGUUUUCGUAUGAUCAUAUUCUGACAUUGCCUCACAGUAUCACGUUGUUACACUUCAAAGACAAUGAUAGAUUUUGUUGGGCUACAUUUAUUUCAGAUGAAUGAAUCUGAUAAGCUUGAUUCUUAGGUUUCUGGUGAAAUGUGUGUGUGUUGUAUGCAGAUAGCAUCUCAUGGUCUAUCUGAGAUGUACUGGACUUGAUUAGUCCUGUUAGUCCUCCAUACUCAAUUAAAAUCAACGUUUUAUACCCCA